UAAGAAAAUUAGUGCGCUCGCUAGGUGUUCUUUGCCGUAUUUUGAACGUUUUAUCAAUUGUGAUAACAUUUCCCUCGCAACACGAUGGCUGAAUUGUUGAUAGACCCCAAUAUUCGUGGUUGGGUCUUUUUGCCAAUCGUUGUAAUAACGUUCCUUGUUGGAAUCGUUCGGCACUACUUCUCCAUCCUGAUUAGCUCGCAGAAGAAGGUGGAACUGACGCAGAUCCAGGACAGUCAGGCCAUGAUUCGGGCACGAUUACUAAGGGAAAACGGAAAAUAUCUCACCCAACAGUCGUUCGCCAUGCGUAGGCAUUACUUCAACAACGAAGAAACGGGCUACUUCAAGACCCAAAAGCGAGCACCACCGAGCCCUAACUCGACGGCGAUGCUGUCGGACCUAGUGAAGGGCAAUUUUAUCAACGUUCUACCAAUGAUCGUCAUCGGAGGAUGGAUUAACUGGAUGUUCUCCGGAUUCGUCACGACGAAAGUCCCAUUUCCACUGACACUUCGUUUUAAGCCGAUGUUGCAAAGAGGCAUCGAAUUGGCCUCCCUUGACGCCGCCUGGGUAUCGUCUGCUUCGUGGUACUUCUUGAACGUGUUUGGCCUGCGAAGCAUCUACACGUUGGUGCUCGGAGAAAACAAUGCCGCGGAUCAAACGCAGUCCAUGCAAGAUCAGAUGUCUGGUGCAGCCGUCGCAAUGCCGCAAGAUCCAAAAGCUGCAUUCAAAGCGGAAUGGGAAGCACUACAGAUUACCGAGUACCAAAAUGCGCUUGCCAAUGUGGAAAACGAGCUGCUAGCCGUCAGCUCUGGAGCCAACGAACAAUCGUCCCUUUCCCAUCUAGCAGCGCGCUCCGACGAUGGAAUUAAUUCGUAAGAAAGGCUUGUAGCAAAAUCAACUAGGCUAAAACUUAGAGGCGUUUUAGAGAACUAGAAAUUGUUUAAAUUAUCCACCAUCCUCUGUCCGGAAAACGGGUUCCGUUUAUUGGCCACACCUCCAUCUGCAUAGGGUCUCUUUUGAAAGGGAAACUUGUAGUAUGAGCUACAAUAAUUUCAAUUUGCUAGUUAAAUAAAAUAUUGAAGUCAUCGUAUGUCGUACAACUCCACGUACGCAAAGUGGAA